UCUGUUUUUACAUAACAAAUUGAGGAUUCAAUAUAAUAGAUGUGUUUUGGCUAGUUCUGGAAACAGUAAAAAAUGAUGAAAUGGAUCCGCGGUGAGCAUAAGCAUGGGUCUUAAACCUUAUCUUGAAAUCGAAAUAGGGUGAUGGUUGUAAAAGAUGAGUGGAGAAGGAGAAUCAAGGAAAGUGAGAAAAAUAGAGACGCCAGUGAUAAUAGCGAUGAAGGGACACCCAGGAAGUGGGAAAAGCACGUUAGCAAAGUGCAUAGCCUCAUCUCUUAAAAUCGCUUUAUUAGACAAAGACGAUAUAAAAGACUGCACCGUCUCCUUGCAGCCUCACCUAACCCUAACCUCACCGGGCUCCAUCCUCAACGACCUCUCCUACCACGCCAUCUGGCAGGUCGCCUCCACCCAGCUCCGCCUCCGCCUCAGCGUCAUCCUCGACUCCCCCCUCUCCCGCCGCGCCCACCUCGACCACCUCCGCCGCCUCGCAGACUCCGCCGCCGCCCGCCUCCUCCUCAUCGAGUGCAGGCCCGCCGACCGCGCCGAGUGGCGCCGGAGGCUGGAGGAGCGCGGCGGCGGCGGAGGCGGACACAAGCCGGCCUCGUGGGAGGAGCUGGAGAAGCUUGUGGAAGGGUACGCGGGAUGCACGGAGUACGACGUGGGCGACGUGCCCAAGCUGGUGGUGGAUACAACCGCUAAAGUGCCUUUGGAGGAGAUAUGUUCCGCUGCAUUGGACUUCAUCUACGCUCACGCUGAGGUUUAGCCACGUGCCUUUCAUCCUUACUAUUCAUGCCACUCAGGGUGGAUUGAUGGACUUAGAUACAAGAUCUUGAAUUCUGGACAUAGAUGAGGUGAGUAGAACAUUGAAAUCCUAAUCAUCGGUCAUAAAAGAAGCAAAUUUACAUCGGACCCACUCGCUUUAAGAAAGUGGAUGCCUAUUCUGCCACUGAAAACUUCAACACGGGGUAUCUCUCUCUAGCAUUAUUUUUUUUCUUCUGUCUAUUUAAAAUUAUUUAUAAUUUUGGCGAAUGCAAUACUUCAAUAUUCCACCACCGUUCCAACUUUGUUUUCCAACUUUGUUUCUUUCUACAGUUCCACUCCCUCACAACUCGGAG